AGAGAAAAAUAAAAACCGCAAAAAAAAUUACAAACCCUUGUAUAAAGUAGCGUGCGUAGUGGCCGAUAUUUGCGGCUAAUCAGAGACAAGAUGAGUUUGUUGUUGACGUAAUAUUAUGAAAUAUUAAUAAUGAUAAUAUUAUAUUGUUGUUAGAUAUCUACGGUAUUACAUUAUAUAUAUAAAUAUAUAUAUUUAAAUAUAUAUAUACAGUACGAUAUAUAUAUAUAUAUUGAUAUAUAAAAGAAUUAGGUAAUCUAGAUUAAGUAUAUAUAUCUAUAUAUAAAAUGAUGACACACGAUUUAAAAGUAGCUAGCGUUGCUUAGGGUGACGCUGCCACAGGUACGCCCCUUGGAACGGUUUUUAUUGUAUCUCGUUAGGAAAAACAAUCAAAAAUUAUUAUCCAGUCAUUUGUUUGGGUCGAUUAAUUUUUUUUACCCUGUGAGCGAACCGAUUCUCGAUCUUUUCCACAAAAUACGUAAAAAUAUAAUUUUAUUUAUAAUAACGAUGAUAAUUCUGAACAUGUUCUAAUGAAUUGCUUGUUAAUCUAUAAGAGAAAAUGAAACCGGUUUCAGGGGCGCAUCACACCGUUAUAGCUCUUAUUAUUAUAUUACUAUUAUGAAUAAUAAUAAAGAAUGAAUAACAAAAAUAUUAUGCAUUCACGUUAUUUAGUUGUUAAGAGUAAACUGAGCAUAAUAACCGCGGGUGAACAAGGAAUGGAAAACAAGUAAUAAAUAAAAAUCAAUCAUACUCCAAAUAUGAGCCUAUAGCAUUUUUCAAAUUUUUUGUAUUCUUACCGCAAUCUGAAUACCAGAUGUUACGAAUCAUUCUGGAUACUAAUUCAAAUCAUAAUAGGGCCGAAGUAAGUAUUCAUUAAUAUACAUGUACACUGCAUAGUACGCAUACGACAAAUGUGGUGAAAUUUGAAUUUAUUUUUUUUUCGAAAUUUUGUGUACGUUGCAAAUAUUUGAAGAAGUGCGUGUACGUGAAAUGUACAUGUGUGAACAACGUGUAUUCGUAGCAAGAAAAUGAUUAGUAGACGAAAAUUGAGGAGGUGAAGCGUACGAAAUAAUGAUCGAAUAUCGUGAUCGAGAAAUCAGUUUAAUAAUUUCCAUCGUUGAGUGCGGAGUUUGAAAAAUUUUCAUUAUCAAUGUUCCAAAUAUCUUUCAAGUUGUACACUUCGAUUCAGUGAUCGUGCGAUGAUAUAAAUAAUAACAAUAAUAAUAAUAAUGCGAGUAUCAACAAUUCUAUUACCUGCAGCGUACAUGUUGUAAGACCGCAAUCGACAGAGAAAUUGGGAGCGUAAAUUUUGAUAUUCAGUGAGCAAAAACAAAAGGACGAACUGGCCGUGAUCGUUAUCAUGCAGUCCGAUAAAAAGUUACCGCUGCUUGUUAUUCUUCUAUUGGAAUUCCUCGUAAACUAUACCACAUCUCAGGAUUCCUUGCAAUUUAACGUGAACACUAAAAAAAUUGUCGCUCAAACGAGCGAGAAAUUUUUGAGCUUCACUUUCGAUCCUGCCGCUCUACUGACGGGAGAUGUUCUCACAUCGAGUACCGAACGGAGCACAAAUAUGGCCAAGGCAUUGGCCCCAGCUUAUGUUCGAAUCGCUGGACCCAAGAGCAACGUCUUCGUCUUCGAACGUUCGUUGUUUCCGCAAAACGGUUACGAAAAUCCAGAUGUAACCUUUUCCGAAGCACAUUGGGUGUUGGUUCAGCAAUGGGCUCAGAGGUCCGGUCUCGAGGUGGUUUCUUGUCUGGCUCCUCAAAGAACGGAAAAUGCUGAUCACGUGGUCACUUGGGAUUCGGGAAACACUAUGGAACUUAUCUCAUUCAGCGAUCACAUGGGCUACAACAUUAGCUGGCAACUGGGAUAUGAAUGUCAGACGCGGUGCGACGUAAGUGGCUAUGAUCUUGGAAAGGAUAUUGCUCGUCUGAGAAAUAUGUUGGGUGCUUUUCCGAGAUAUGCAAACAGCAUCAUAGCUGGACCAGAUUUUGUUAGUAUUAGAGGAAAAGAGCAGUCUCAAUAUAUUCAAGAUUAUCUGAACGCUGCCGGCAAUUCUAUCUCGGUCAUCACUUGGCACCCGAAUUUUGCUGGAGUGGCGCUCGAUUCUGAUGGGGUGGUGCUCCAAACCGACACCUUGGCAUCAGAGAAGGAUUUACUUUUCAAGGCCAUGGGACGCGCAGUCACUAAGAAACCCAUUUGGAUAGCUGAAUCAAAACCGGAACAAUGCAAGCAGCAAUUUCUCGGAGCUUUGGUAUGGGCACGUAGGCUUGGCAGUGCGGCAAAACUUGGUAUUCAGGUUAUUAUGAGGCAACCUGAUGCAACAAAAAUUUUGCAACCCACACCGGACUACUGGGUGUCCAUUUUGCACAAGAUGCUCGUCGGCCGGGAGGUUUUAGAAGCAAAGUUAACGUCGGGUAAUAAAACCCACGUUCAUUUCUUCUGCCAGUGUACAAAAUCGUCGGAAAAAUACGACAAAGGUGCGGUAACAAUUUUCGGGAUCAACUUGACACCGGGAAAAGUUUCUGUUUCCUUGAAAGGACUCAAGAUCAAAGCUUUGCAUAAGUACAUUCUGAUGCCUGGUUACGACGCCGACAACCGGAUGUUCGCCGAAACUGUACUCCUUAAUAACGAACCUUUGAACCUUGUGGAUGGCGAUAAACUUCCGGAAAUUAAACCAACUGUUUCGCUCAUGGGGAAAAGCAUGGCGGUAAAACUUCCAUCCGGAGGAAUUGGAUUCUGGGUGAUACCUGGAGCCAGAGUCAAAGCCUGCAUGGGUCACGAUGAUGAAGCAGUUGAGACUAGUUUGCUGAAGAAAUUAACGAAGAAACUUGAGGAACCGGAAGUUGCAGAUGAAAAUGACGCGAGAGAGGAAGAACAGAGCACAGAAUUCGAAUCGUCGGAGGAUAUAAAAUCGAUUUUGAAAUCGAAGGGGAAAAAGAAGAGGAAAUUCAGGCACAGCGAUGAAGCCGAAGACGAAGAAAAGAGGUUCAAGAAAAUAGACACGAAAAAAGAGUUUGAAAAACUUGAGAAAUUCUUUAAAAGAAAUCACAAUUACGAACAAGACAGGAAAGCCAGACUCAAGGGAAGAACCGGACAUGCGAUUUUCGAUGACGAAAGCAACGAUACCGUAGAGGAUAAAAAAUCAAAUAGCGAUUCCUCGGAAGAAAACGGAGCGCUCGUUCAACUCAAGAACGAAAAUUCUGUAGACUCGGCCGAAAAGAUUCGAUCUAAAAUUGAGGAAUAUAAAAAUAAACUAAUCGAGUAUGAAACCAAGCAAAGAUUUAACGAUGAAUACGAUCAGUUGGAAAAGUCGCGAAAGUUUUCUUCUUGGCAGAAUUCUCCUCGAUACAAAGACGUGAAAACUUCGGUGAAUGACGUAGACACGCAAAAAGCAAUCGAAGCACUCGCGCUAGUCUCGAAAGUGGAAGAGGAAAUUGAAAGAUUUGGAGAACCUCGCGAGAGAAUAAAUCAAGAAGUCAAUGCCAAUGCGAAUGAGAACCCGCUGGAUAAAGUAGCUGUUGAUAUCGGCGAGGAAAUUCUCUUAGAAGAAUUGCAGAGGUCUGAUAAAGCCAAGCGGAUGAUCGACCCUCAAAUAUUAGGAGGACUUUUCAAGUAUUUCGUUGGUAAAACGCCACAGCAACCAGCUGAGACUCCGCAGGCAGAAAUUCCCAGGCCGAAAAGAGACCUGGAAAAAUUAUUCGGAGACGAUCCACUCGGUCUGAGAAAAGAUGGACUAUUCAAAAAACGGCUGAAAACUGAGGAAGCUAAAGAGAGGAGGCUGGAGCGAAGACAUAGAAAAAAAGACCGAGAGGUAAUCGGGCUAAAAAAAGAACUUCCGAUUCCAAAACUCACCGAUAGUGAUGAAAACAAUUUUUACGGUUUCCCCGAGAUGAAACCGAUCGAAAAUUUUCCGAAAGGUGACGUUUUUUUGGCAGAGGGAACUUCGUCGGAGGAAAAAUCUGGAGAUUAUGAUUACGUUCAGGAUGACGACGAUGAUGAAGUAGACACAAAAACGAAAUCAAAUCGUGGCAAACAACGAGCGAAAUCGAAUAACAGAAACCAACACAGUGGAAUAUCUGCAGCGAAUGACGAUGAUACUUGGAUUGAAGAACCAAACUCGAACCUUCAGUAUGCGCCUAAUGAAUUUUUUGAACGAAUAAAUCGUCCACCGGUUGCCAUAAAGAGCCAGUGGAAAGACUACGGGGAAUUAUACGAGCCUGAAUCACUUGUACAAAAAGUACAAAAGGAAGAACAGCAGAAAACUCACGAGAAUGACGCGCCGAUCGACGCUGUAAUUACGAAGGAAGUUCCUGAUGAACGAGCGGAUAAAAAGGCUAAGGAAACUGCGGUAAAAAAGCUCCUCAACUAUUACGACGAAACAGGUGUGAAAAUCGUGCCAAGUCUUGACCGAGAGCAACCGAGAAAGAAGACGAAGAAUAAGAAAAGUGGCUUGGCGAAUGCGAGUCAAAAUAACCGAGAAAUCUUCAAAAGUGAAGAGUCGGAAGGACGUGAUGUUGACCACAGAAUUUUGAACUUGGGAAACGAUUCUGAAGACGAGGAAGAGCCUGGAUCCAUGGAGUUCGUGAAUUCGAAAGAAGAUGAUUACUCCGAGGAAUCUUACGAGGAUAUUGUCAAGGAAGAUGCUAAAGUUGGUGCCAAGAAAAGACCAAAAAGAAAAAUUCCAAAUUUGAAUCACGACGUUUUGAUACCAGAAAUGAUCAGGGAAGACGCUGGAAACAUGAGAGAUUGUAAGUGUAGAGUUAUCAGAAAGACGGGGAAAGUUGACUGCAAAACUUGUAGGAAAAAACAACGACGUUCCAGAGAUCUUACCGAUCAAAUGACCGUGGAAUAUCCCGUUGAAAGUUUUUACCCUGAAACUUCCUCUCCCACCGAAUCUACGACCACCGACCAACCGACGAUGGAAAAUAAGGAAGAAAAUAAAAAAGUGGAGGGUAACGAAACCGAUGACAAGAUCACAACGAUGACGUCACCUGGCCUUGAAGCUGCGGACAACACCGAAUCGAUUGAUUUGAACACUGAAUCUCCAGGUACGACACCGAAUUCCUCCACUGACUAUGACUUUUCUGUAUCCAAAAAGAUAGAUCCAGAAGAACCUGUCCAGAGUCUGGAACCUGAGAAGUUGGAACCUCAGAUCGUUGGGUCAAUUCAGACCGUUGAGUUUGGUGAUUUAUCACCGGUAGUUACCAAUGCUGAAGAAACCAACGUAGCUCAAGCACCUGAACAAAAAGACGAAGUUCGAGUCCUUGAACCGGGAAAUCUAGAUCAAACGUCAAAAAAGGAAGUUGAAAAAAUUGUGAGCAUCAUCGAGGACGAUAACCCGGAAAAAGGUAGUGAAAAUAAUAACACAAAACGGCAUAUACCAGAGUCACCAGAAUCAGAAUCUCAGUCUAGUAAAAAAUUCUCUCUUUCAUCAGGGUUGAAGAUUGGUACAUCCGCCAAGGUCGCUGGAACAUCAGAAGCAAAGUUCAAGGAGAAAUCUGACUUUAAAUUGAAAACGGAUGCUUUGUCGGCGCUGAUAAAGGAGAACGAGGGCAAGAAAGCUGACGUGUUGAAGGCAUUUCAAUCAUCAUCGAAGCUGAAAUCAAUCGAUAACUCGAAAUUUCUAGAGUUUCAGAAAAAACGUGCUGAUAAAUUGGUCGACUUGAAGGAAAAGUUGAGAGAGAGAAAGGCAAAGAUACUUCAGCAGUAUCGACAGGAACUUCUCGAUGCUUUGAGUAAAUGCGACACUGAGGUAGAAAGAAACUUGAAAAGGAGAGAAAUUUGGGAUAAUUUUACCCAGGAAGAUGAAUUCCAGGAUUUUGUUGACAAGGAUAAACUGGCUUAUUUCAUGAUGCAUAGACCUGUUAAUUGUGAUAAAUCCGAACAUAAUCACUACGAAAACAUAGAAGACAAAAGAUACGUUCCGCAAGUUGCGCUGAUCCAAUCGAUCAAAGAACCAAGGGAACGGAAAAUCAUUACUUCGAAUGAUCCUCGAAAUUUUAUUUACGGACCAAAAAUCAUGCGAUUCUCUUCAGCAUCCGAAGAAUCGUCUGAUUCGAGUGAAGAGGAUUCUCAAAAUUCUCGAGAAGAACCUAAUCAGCAAGACGACCCCUACUACGCGAUAGUCGAGAGCCUGGAGAAUCCGAAAAUUUUACACUUGGAUGACUUGCGCGCUGAUGAUUCUACCGGAAUUGACGAAGAGCGAAAUCCAGAUAACGUUCCCGAACGUUACCACAUUCCAGAAUAUGAUUACGAAAUAGAUUACAGUCGUUAUUCGAAAGAUGGUGAUUCUCUUUCGCAGAAAUUACCGAAAAAAUUCAUUGCAAUCGAAAAUGCAAAUUACAAACAUGGUAAACCGGAAAGAAAAAUGUUAGAAAAUCUGGAGAGUUUGGAGAAUUACGGAAGCAAUGGUGAGAAAAUUCAUUCCCUAAUUCCAGCACAUCCUGAAGAAAUUUUGCAUCAUAAGCAAUACCAGGAAUUGAGAAAUUCGGAAGAAUCCAAGUCUUUCGAAGAUAAUCGCGAAAUUCAAGAUCAUCCGCAGAAAAUUGUCUUCAACGUCGGCGGAAGCAAAGACGAUUCCGAAGAAUUUUAUGGGGCUGAAAUCGUCGAAAUUCCGAUUGAAAACGGAUUCAGGAUAUUGCAGAAACUUCAAAGCUCGUCAGAAAAUUGUCAAGGUUGUGAAAAUAGAAAACGAGAAAAACUUGCAAGAGAAUUGGAUGAAUCUCAAGGUUACCAGCAGAAUUAUCAUCUGAGACGAGGACGCCGUUUGAUCCCUGAGGAUCAAGAAAACAUUCCGGAAUAUGAAGUCGCACCUGCCGUCAGAAGAGGGAGGGACUUAAAAAAAAGAGAAACCCGCUCAAACUACAUAUGCGUCAAAGAAGAUUCCACCGAGGAUUCUGACAUAAUCGAUAACCGAAUUUUCAAACUAAUCAAACGAAAAGAUCAUUUCGAAGCUGUUCCCAUAAUGGAACUUUCGGUAGAAGAUUCUGGCACUGGACGAGAAAGAAAAUUGCUACGUAAAGUUUCUAGGAACAAUGAAAAGGCCAGAACCAAGAGAAAGAAGUACAGUACGGAAGCGAAACUCGAAAAUCCAGAUAAUUAUGACGUCUUGAUGUUGAUGCCGGUCAAAACACAGAAGUCCAGACGUUUACGGCGUGACAUCAAUAACAAUAAUAUCGAUCGAUCUAUGAGUAGUGACGAGAUUAACAAAGUUUGGGAUGAUACAGUCGACGUUGAAGAAGCUGAAAAAAGACUGCAGGAUUACAUCGACCCGAAGGAAAAACCGGAGAAAGAUUUUAAGGCGGCUCAAUCGACGCUGAAUGAGCACUUGAUGAAUCUCGGAGAAGAAUUGGACCCUCAGGAAAUCGAGAAGUUUGAAAAAGUAGUUUUGAAUCUCGGAUCACCUGACCAGGAGACGAUAUCCAUCGUAGAGCAAACCGAAGAUGACGGCGACGAAGCAAUUCAACUUCGUGAAUACCUCAACAAAGAAGUUUCGAAGAAAUUGUCGACGACCGAAGUUGUUACUCCGGAACCGACUACGUCUACACCAUCGAUUUUUGAUCUCGCGAUGCCAAAAUUAGAGAAAACAAUAAACGAAGGAAUAGAAAAAGUCGGUAACUUCUCCGAAUCGCUAGAAGAAUUCAUAGGCGAUUUUAACACCAGGUUCAACGGCACUUCGGAAAUCAAAGACAAAGAAUUUGAGACUGACUGUGAACAAACGAAAGAACAAAAUAUUAGCCACAAUAUUUUCCACUCUGCCUUAGAAAAAGUCAGAAGAUUCUUUGAUUUCCUUCAUGGCAUUUCUCUCAUUUUCAACCAAUAUUGAUGUAUCGCGAUGUUAUUUUUCAUUUUUUCUACGUUUUUAUUAUUUUAUUGUCAUUAUAUGAUUGUAAGUCUCAUUUCAAUAUUCGUCUGACCUAAAUUAUUAAAACGUCGUGUAUAUCAAUUACUCGAUGCGCAAGGCCAUGCAUACCGCUGCAAUAUUAUUAGUCGUUACGAUUAUUCUUCAUUAUAUAUCCUAUAAAUUAUGUAAUUAAAAAAAAAAACACAAAAAAA